UUUGUUUGAAUGGUUCUCGGCUGUGUUGCUAGCUGUGUGGCAUAUUCAACGCAAACCUCAGCUGACGAAGGGGAUACCUAACACGCGACUACCACUAUGCAUGUCGACAUGAUCGGGAACAGAUUCGCUAUUCAGACUGCUCCCAUCACUAACACGUACAGUGUUGAAGGUGCCAUUGCAAGGGGCAAGUUUGGCACGGUGAAGAAGAUCCGUCACCGCACCACGGGCAUCGUCUACGCGGCGAAGUUCAUUCGCAAGCGUCGACGAGGGGAGGACUGUCGCGCCGGCAUUCUGCAUGAGAUUGCCGUUCACGAGAUCGCGCACGACCACGCGCGCCUCAUCACGCUACACGACGUCUACGAGACGCACCACGAGAUCAUACUGGUGCUCGAAUAUGCGGCAGGAGGAGAGCUGUUCAGUCACUUUCUGGAGGAGGAGGCCUUCAAUGAGAAACAUGUCAUCCGGUUCAUGCGACAGCUGCUAGAGGGCCUCGUCUUUCUCCACGACAGAAGUAUCGUCCACCUCGAUAUAAAGCCUCAGAACAUCUUGUUCACAUCGGAGUACCCGCAUGGCGACAUCAAGCUGUGUGACUUCGGCCUGUGUCGGCUGGUCGACGCCAGUAAAGAGUUCCGUGAGAUAGUCGGCACGCCAGACUUUGUCGCGCCGGAAAUUCUGAGCUACGAGCCUAUCACCACGCAGACGGACAUGUGGAGCAUUGGUGUGUUGGCGUACCAGAUGUUGACAGGCUGCUCGCCGUUUGGUGGUGCCACCAAGCAGGAAACGUUUCUCAAUAUAUCUCAGGUGAACCUUGAAUUUCCUGAGGAACUCUUCAUGGACGUGACAGAGCAGGCGCGAGAUUUCAUCUGCUCUCUGCUAGUAGUGGAUCCCAGCGAACGAAUGACGGCACUGGAAUGCUUGAUGCAUCCUUGGUUGUGGCGCGAGCCACCACUGCGAGUCUCCGUGACAGAGUCACACCUGAUCGUGCCGUCACCGCGAUGCUACCGCCGGCCGCACCCAAUCUACGACGACGACGACAUCGAUGAUGAAGCCAUUCAGCCGAAACGCUCCAAGCUGGACGAGCUCGCGUUCUAGCGCGGCGCCACCUACGGGCCGGACGAAGACUCAGGAACUCCCGUUGCCGCGUGGACGAUUAGAAGUUGUGCUUGCCCUGACGAUCCGUCUGCCGACAUUGCCGUGGCAACUUAAGGACAGUUGCUCGCGUUGCCAUGGUGACCGGUAGAUGGUUAUCCGUGUUGUUAGUAAAUGUAUUAAAGCUAGGUUAACAAGAAUGCGCGUUUGCAUCGAAAGAGAGAUGCAUCGGGAGUUCUGCAGAUUUAAGCAAUCAGUACCAGCCAAUGAUUUACCCUAAUAACAGUAUUUGGAGUGUAAUAAACAGAUAUUUUUUUCGUAGUGAGAGUGUAUGCUUGUGCCGAUAUAACUUCCACAGUAAAACGAGGAAGACUUGUUUGGCUAAUGUUAAGAGGAUAAGUGAAGCGAUUUUUAAAGCAAUGGUUAUGCAUUUUGAUAAAAAGCUUCGAUGUGCACUUACAUUUGAGUAAUAUAAUGAGGCAAUGAGGCGCAACGUUCGAACUCAGCUUCCAAUGAGACAUGCAUCACUUCACAAGUGACACACAUUGCACGCAGCAAGAAUUAACAGUCAUAUAGCUACCCAGGUCAAAGAAAACGCAUAGCCGCGCCGCUAAUAGAAAUAAAGCGAGUGCGCGUGCAGUAGUAGUGUCUUCCACCGUGUGAUUAGCGCUAAUGGCGAAACCUACCGUGCUUCGGAGCGGGGUUGGGGGGAAGUCGAUUUAGUGGGGUGGGGAGUUCUUGCCUUUUAUUGCGAUACAAUGUCUAUCUACUCGGAUUGUGAUUCUACGCAGACGCUGACGCUAAGCUAUCGCUGAGACUUCUCCGAACACGGUUUUCGUAUUAACGACGAAAUCCUAUCCCUGGCUAUAAUAGCAUCAUGGUAGAACCAUGCAUAAUCGCAUUCUGCUUACGUAAUUAAUUUAUAUGCGUGUGACAUAGUAGUGGAAUAAUGACGCCAUGAGUACCUAAGAACCUGCGAUGAAUUCUUAAGCACUCCUGACGAUGCGGCCAAUAAACGCAUCUCCGCGCAUGCGUGAUUGUGACGGCUUGUAACGAUGAUGACGAUGACGGUGACGAUGAUGAUGAUGAUUACCGUUAAUCAUAUUCUUGUAAAUACUGACAUUGAUUAUCUUUACAGCGAUGUGUAUAUAGUAAAUAGUCUAUAUAUAGCAGUAGUCGUGACGUUAGACAAUCUCUCGUAACCAAGAGAGCUAGAGAGAGAGAGAGAGAUGACGAGCGAACACUAUCUAUGCUUCGUCCUACGAACGUGCGAAACAGGUGAUGAAUCUGUGCUGAUUAAAUUGUGAAGCCAUCGGCUGUUCUUUGCGUGUUGAAUCAUUACAGGUCCGUGGACCUCACGCACGGCUAGCUUGAUAACAUAUUUCUAGGAAAUGGCUCCGUUUGCAGAGAUUUGGGAGUCGUGUGUAAUGUUCGAUGGUUUGCGUGCUUAAUUCGCUGCUUCACUGUACAUUUACUCGGUUCCUCGAAAAAUGGUCUGAUUUAGUGCCCUGGCGGAGACUGCGGGACCCAGUAACGUAUGCUUAAAUAUGUACUGCACGCUGGCAAGGUCGGGUAGCAAUGAGUUCUUGCCCUUCUUGCUUUCUCUCACAUGUCCUUGCACAAUCAAGGGUCCUGAUACUGGUGACGCGCACGCCAGAUGGCAGCAGGAGCGUAGCUAACCCAUUUUGACUAGAGGCAAAGCCACGCGCGUCUUAUCUUCUGGGCAGUUGACCAUUGGCGGUUGACCAUGGGCGGUUGACUGUUGGCCAUGUAAUAGUAUCCACAUUAGUGUGCGGACGACUGCCCCUGCCCCUCCCCCUGCCGCUAGCUAGGACCCUAGCUGGCCAUUCCAUGUGCCGAACGCUGUCGUGUUUUCUUGAUCGUUGUUGUAAGUUACGACUGUUUGUGCAUAUUAACGCUUUGCUUUUCCUAAUUUGGUGCGUAAUCAUCGCGGUACAGCUAUUUUUUGUUCAUUUUCACAGAGUUUAUGCGUGCUAGUGCGUAGGCGAGUAACGUUAUACGAGUAUUUAGCGCAUGCCUCUAAUUAUUAUUUGUGCUAUAUAUGUAUUUAUACUUCCCUAAUGAACGAAUGUCAAACAAUAAAUCUAUGCUGUUUUUCGUA